GGAGGGAGGAAGGAAGGAAGGUGGUCUUCUCUCCGCGUCUUGUCCUCGACUUGCUCGGAGGGAGAAAAAGGGUAGCGAGUAAGGCGAAGGGAAGGAGGGAGAAUUCUGGUCUUCAGAUCGAUUCGGGGAGCGAGAGAGAGACGAAGGGAGAGAUGAAGGGCGGCCGAGUUGGGCGUGGGAGGACGUUGAUGAGCAAGAUGGCGAUAUUCCUCCUCUGCGUCGGUUGCUUCGCCCUCGGCAUGCUUUUCACUAACAGGGUAUGGAUUCCUACUGAAUCUGGCGGGACUGUUAUCUCAAGGAGACGACAAGAACAAGAAAUAAACACGAAGCUUGGUCAAGAUAAAGAUGUAAUGGGCGAGAUCCACAAGACACAUGAAGCUGUAAAGUCCUUAGACAAAACAAUAUCUACAUUACAAAUGGAGCUGGCUGCUACUCGUGGUUCACAGGAAUCUGGCUCUGAUGCUUUGCCUUCGUCAACAAAAACUUCUCAUAACGGUGCUCCUUCAAAAAAGAAAGCUUUUGUUGUCAUUGGUAUCAACACAGCUUUUAGCAGCAGAAAGCGAAGGGACUCUGUUAGAGAAACCUGGAUGCCUCAAGGGGACAAGCUGAUGCAGCUGGAGCAAGAGAAGGGCAUUGUAAUUCGAUUUAUGAUUGGUCAUAGUGCUACAGCCAACAGUAUCUUGGAUAGAGCCAUAGAUUCGGAAGAUGCUGAACAUCAUGAUUUCCUUAGACUGGAGCAUGUUGAAGGAUAUCAUGAGCUGUCAGCUAAAACAAAGAUAUUUUUCUCCACCGCCGUGGCUACAUGGGAUGCUGAAUUCUUUGUCAAAGUGGAUGAUGAUGUUCAUGUCAAUUUGGGCAUGCUUGCUGCAACUCUUGCUCGGCAUCGUUCGAAGCCUAGAGUCUACAUAGGCUGCAUGAAAUCUGGACCGGUCCUUUCACAGAAAAAUGUAAAAUACCAUGAACCAGAAUACUGGAAAUUUGGAGAGGAAGGAAAUAAGUACUUCAGGCAUGCAACUGGUCAGAUUUAUGCAAUCUCUAAAGAUCUGGCUACAUAUAUUUCAAUCAACCAGGCCAUAUUGCACAAGUAUGCCAAUGAAGAUGUCUCUCUGGGUGCUUGGCUUAUUGGGCUAGAUAUUGAGCAAAUAGAUGAGAGAAACAUGUGCUGUGGAACUCCACCAGAUUGUGAGUGGAAGGCACAAGCUGGAAAUGUGUGCAUUGCCUCAUUUGAUUGGAGUUGCAGUGGCAUUUGCAAAUCAGUUGAGAAGAUCAAAGAUGUACACACACGAUGUGGUGAAGGAGAUGGGGCUGUCUGGGGUGCCCUUUUCUGAGAUUAAAACUGAUAUUUAGUAGAAUGAAGUGUCAUUUGAGCCGUGGUCCAUUCAGUACGUGCUGAGUUCAAUUGAUUAAAGGGCUGUCAAGAUGUGAUACAUGUUCUCUCUAAGUCGACACUGCAUUUUCAUGGUUUAUCAUGGUUAAGCUAUGGAAUGUCAGGAUAAAGAAUGCCAGAGGUCAGUUCCGUUAGUUGGCAUCAAGUGCAUUUGUUUGCACCGCCGAGCUGGUAGCCAGAAGCUUGUUCAUAUUCACAAUUCUUUUCUCUUCAGAGUUGGCUAAUAAAUUUCAAGUGUCACUUGCCUUCUUUCGAGGCUGUAGGCAUUAUUGUACUUUAGUCCAAUAGUGAGCAAAAUAUAAUAUAGAUUGAUAGCUUUUACUUGUUA